AUGAAUUUUGAAUUUGAGAGGGAGAUUGGGUUUAUAAACAGCCAGCCAUCGCUCGCCGAGUGUCUGACUUCCUUCCCCGCUGUCUUGGAGACAUUUCAAACUUCAUCAAUCAAGGAGUCGACAUUAAUUCCUCCUCCUCCUCCUUUCGAGCAAACCUUCCCCAGCCUCCAGCCCGGCGCCUCCACCCUUCAGAGACCCGGGAGCCAAAAGCGAGCUGAAGAUGGGCCCGCUCUGCCGCCGCCGCCGUUCCCCGCUGCCCCCCUGGCUCCUGAGUUCCCCUGGAUGAAAGAGAAGAAAUCCGCCAAGAAACCCAGCCAAUCCGCCACGUCUCCCCCGGCCGCCUCCUCCGUCCCGGCCUCCGGGGUCGGAUCGCCCGCAGCUGGGCCGGGACUGCAGGAGGCCGCGGGCGGCGGGGCGCGCAGGCUGCGCACUGCUUACACCAACACGCAGUUGCUGGAGCUGGAGAAGGAAUUCCACUUUAACAAGUACCUGUGCCGGCCGCGCCGCGUGGAGAUAGCGGCCUUGCUGGACCUCACCGAGAGGCAGGUCAAAGUGUGGUUCCAGAAUAGGCGCAUGAAGCACAAGCGGCAGACGCAGCACCGAGAGCCGCCCGACGGGGAGCCAGCCUGCGCCGGCGCGCCGAAGGACACCGGCGAGCCCGCCGAGGAGCCCGUGGCCAGCCCGGGCCGCCCCACCGCCUCGCAGGCGGUUCGGGAAGCCUGCUGUCACCCGCCCGAGGUCGCGCCGGGGCCUCCUAGCGCCUCGGGACCCCGGCCUUUGGCAGCUCGCGUGGAGGACGCGGGCGCGCGGAGGCCGGGCGGCGCGCUGCGCGGGGCGGGAGGGCUGGGGUCGGAGCCGUUGCCAGAAGACGUCUUCCCGGAGCGACAGGAUUCACCUUUCCUGCCCGACCUCAGCUUCUUCGCGGCCGACUCCUGUCUCCAGCUGUCCGGAGGCCUCUCCCCCAGCCUCCAGGGCUCCCUUGACAGCCCGGUUCCCUUUUCCGAAGAAGAGCUGGACUUCUUCACCAGCACCCUCUGUGCCAUCGACCUGCAGUUCUCCUAA